GCAGUGUGCAUAAUUAUAUUUUCUGCUCUGUUGAAAUUAUAUAUUGUUCUGCCGUAGUUUAUUUCAUUCCGUUUUAAACUGCAACUAACUAUUGAUAAGUUAUUCCACCAAUUGGUUAAAAUGUAUUCUUUUAGUCAAGCAAUAAUUUUACUAAAUAUAAUGUAUUCCAAAAUUUACGCAGAUGUAAGAGAAUUAAGUAUUUCAAAAACUAAGCGGCACAUUUCAUAAAUACAAAAAAAUUUGUCAUCUUGGUACGAAUUAAAACAGCUAAAUCUGGGUAUUGAAUGGCUCCCAACGUAAUCAAGUGUCUCACUUCAAAUAUGGUUUAUGAAAUGUGCCCAAAGAUUAUAGAUCAAGGUAAGUUUUUCUUAGUAUCCCCAAGGUUAUAUUCAAAAAUGGAUACAUUAUGCACCUCGAGGCGACCACGGAAUUCGAUCCAAUAAAAAUUAUAAUAGUGAUGAGCACUUUAAUCCAGUAAACAACAUUCAUAAUACAUACCAAACUGAUAAAGAUGGAGAUCAAAACGCAUUUAAUGAGUACGAUAGUUUGUCUGAAGAAAAAACACCACAUUCAAUUGAAGAAACAUACAAUAAACGGUAUCCACGACUCAAGAGCUUGGAUCAAAAUCAGUAUCAGUAUGAACCAAAAAAAUUUGAAAACGAUGAAAAGCAAGAACUUCAAGAAAAUCAAUCAGAAUCAAUGGAACAAAAUAAUGUACACAAUUAUCAAAAUAAAACUCAGCGGUUCCAAGAAGCCGAUCAAUAUCAGAACAAUGAACGAGAAUCAAGAAGCCCAGACGAGGAUAUAGUUUUUAAAAAUGAGAAACGAAAUUCCCAUUUUAAUAAUAGAGACCAAUAUAAUCAAGAGUGGAAUAAACACUUUCAAGGAUUUAUGAUUCCAAAUGAGCGUCACCAAAAUCAUUUUUAUAAAAAUUGGCGAGUAAGCCAACCAAUUAAACGGCAACGGAAUCGAUUUUUUUUUUCACAAAAUAGAAAUCACGAAAACUUGUAUGAAAACUUCAAGCGAAAUAAUGCCUUGCAACGCCAUUACAAUCAUCAACACCAGACCCAUAGAUAUCCAGAUGGAAACGAAAUUUCGUUUGGAAACCGAAUAUCGAAUGAUAUAUUAUCCGAUUCACGUCGAAAUCAUCGUUUUAUCAACCAGGACCUACGACCAAAUGUUUGGCAUAAUGGAAAUGAAGAGAAGCAUAAUACGAAAAAAUUUCAAAAUUCUGAAACUAUACAAAAUCAAAGCAAACUAAGUCCAAGAGAUAAAAACGAGCUCCUACAGAAAAAUGUAAACAACCUAUUAUCCCAACUAUCUCAAGAACAGUUGACUAUGGAAAAGAUGAUUCCUAAAAUUAGAUCGAUACAAAAUAUCAAUAAAACACUGAAGAGUGCAAAGGGACAAACGGAUUUUGUUGCUGAAAUACGUGAAGCUCAAAAGCAAAUGCGAAAUAUACAAAGGACUUUAGAGACAGAAGCAAAAUACAAACCCAUAGACAACCAAAGAAAGUCUGUAAAUGAUUCAGUCUCAGAAAUAAAUUCUAAAAAAGGACGACUGAUGUUUCGCUCCGGUCAAAAAGACCAGGAAGCAAGUUUAAGUGUGCGUGAAAAGGCAACCAAUCUUAUUCAAAAAUGGGCUGAAAGUCAACGCCUGAUGGUGGACUCCUUCGUUAAAGCAAUAACUGAAAUUUUAAAAUCACACGACUUAAACCCAAUCCCUACAGACAAUGUUACUCCAGAAAAGCUUGGUGGUAUAGAAGACUUGCUCAAGCAAGUUGUGGACGCUAUAAAAAAGUUAAAAGAAGAGAAAUGUCAAAAGCCGGAAAAUGGAUCACAUGGAAGCACAAAUAAGGACACGAAGGAGCAUAUCGACGGAGUUCUUCAGAAGUGGAUAGAGACUCAAAAAACCCCAAUCGAUUCCUUUUUAGAUACUGUUCGUAAGCUAACAGGUCUCAAGCCGGAAACAAAACCAGGUUUGGAGAGCAACGCUAGUGAAAUCGCAAUGGAGGACUUGAUCAAGAGGCUGCGAGAACUAAUUGAACAUCUGGGGGAACAGAAAGUAGCAUCCAGCGCAACAACUAGAGAACAAUCUAUAACGCAAUCAGAUUUAUCAUCUUCUACUCCUAAAAUAUCAUCCACAACUUCAGAGCUUCCGUCAACUCAUACUCCUCGUCUGACCACAGAAAUGUCGCACCCUACAACAGAGAGUUCAUCGACUUCUAUUCAAUCAACUGCAUCCACAGAUAAACCUCCGGAUACAAGUACUAGCCACAUUACCACAGAUGCAGCUCCAUCUACAACAGAGAGUUUCUCGACUUCUAUUCCAACUACCUCAUCUCAUGACACCACUUCCAUUCCUUCAUAUACUUCUACUUCGCCUAAGAAACCUUCGGAUACUGCAACGACCCUCAUAACCACUGAUACAUCUCCAUCUGCAACAGAGAGUUCUUCAACUUCUACUCCAACUGCCUCAUCUCAUGACACCACUUCCAUUCCUUCAUCAACUUCUACAUGGACUGACAAACCUCCGGAAACGACCACUCAUAGUAGUUCCACAACUUCCCCAACAUCCACUUCUCCUACGUCAACAAAAACCGAUUCUGAGUCUACCAAAACGACAGAGUCUUUUACCACAUCUCAUUCAACAGCGGAGACUCAUAAUUCCCACGAAGCAUCAAUAACUAAACUAAUGAAUAUACUCGGCCUUUUAAAAAAAUUGCGCAAAAUAUUAAACACGAUAGUCGAAAAGUCAGAUGGAAAAAUUUCACCGGAGCUAAUAGAGGGAGUACGAUCAAUGUUAAAUCAAAUCAUAACUGGUCAGGUAGAUUUAAAAAAAACCAAUUCUGCUGAAUUGGAGCAACUACUUUCCACAACCAUAAAACCAAAUACAUCAAAGGGAUCAGACUUGUCGAAAGAGAAACUGGUCCAACUUUUAGACAGUUUUGAAAAGUUGUAUCAGCAAUUAUUGGGAGAACAGCUUCCGUCAACAACAGAAUCGACCACCGGGUCUACACCAACAACUGGUAAAACAACCACAGAGUCUUAUACAACAAAAACCAAGACUUCCUCAUUCACAACUCCUUUAGCCACAGAUACCACCCAAAGUACCAUCAAUCCCUCUGGUGCACCAUCGGGAACUAACAAUAAUUACAAUAUUAGCGGAAACCUGGACCUAAAGGCCAUUGUUGACGGAAUUCAACAGCUGAAAAUGGCAGUGUACCAUGACUUUAAUUCAUUCAAAAAAGAUCAAGUAGACAGAAUGGAGACAAUAAUGAAAGUAAUGCAAGAUCUAAAGGAAUUAAAAUCUUCAAACAAGCGGACCAAACCAAGAACCCAAAUAAUACACUCCCAGGAAUCCAAAAACGGCAGCAGUGAGGAAAUAAAUGAAGAGCAAAAAUCGAUACUGAUUGCAAAUGAAUAUCGUUCCAGCUUUUUCCCACUGAAUUACUCUACUGAGAGUGAAUGGGUAACUACCAAGUCCACAACAAUAAAUGAACCCUUUUCUGAAUCGAAACCUUGGAACCUCUCAGAGGUUAUAACUGACCAUUUUAGGGUUCCAUUGCUUGCUAAUGUAAAUGAUUCAUCAAAUUGGUUUAUAGAUUAUUAAAAAAUGUAGUGACAAAAAAAGAUCAAUUUUAAAUUUAUAUGUUAACUGUUUUCUUUUAAUUUCAAUUCAAUAUUUGAUUUGGAAAAUUCAAGAUGAUUUUGAAAUUACUUUUUUUCUUCGACCGAUUUGCGAUUGCCAAUACCGAGGAUAAUACCAAGGUAAUUUCCAAGGUCUAAGA